AUGGAACUCGCCCGUUGGAACAAACUGCAAUUCAAACAGAUUUCCAAACAGGUAGAAGACGCUAGAAGAAAACUAGAGGAGCUGGAGCAUAACAGGCCUAACCAGGUCGCUAGUUGUGAAAUGGCUAGAUCGACCCUAAAUGAAGCCCUUCUUCGGGAAGAAAUUCAUUGGAGACAGAAAUCUCGAGUCACAUGGUUACAAGAGGGGGACAAGUGUUCUAAAUUCUUCAUGGCUUUCACGGUCAUAAGAAGAAGGAGGAACUAUAUCCAACACCUCAGGGUGGAUUCUAAUACUUGGCUCAAUGAUACAAAGCAGAUUGGAGAAAAGUUUCGGGAAAGGUUCAAAGAAAUUUUCACAAAACAACCUGUGAUUUUCCCCACAGGCUUGUCAAUGCUGAAUCUUCAGGACAUCUCGCAGGUUGAAAGGGACCAGCUAGAGGAAAUCCCUCUGGAUAAGGAAAUUUGGGACAACAUCAACAAUAUGGGCAGGGACAAGGCACCGGGGCCUGAUGGAAUGCCAGUCUCCUUCUAUAUACACCACUGA